GUCUUAAACCAGGACAUAUUAUCCAAAUUUUAACACAAAAACAAAAGAAAAAUAUGAGAAGGAAAAAUGCCCCUCACAAGAAAAUUUGUAAUUAUUGCAAAAAUAUGAACACUCUUACAUGAGAACAAAUACUGCUCCAAUACCUUAAAGAUUAGGCAAAAGCUAUGGCAGCAUCAUCGAUCUCAAUGAGCUUGGCUCCUUCUAUUCGCCCUAAACAGAUUAUGAGCACUUAUUCAACAAAUUCCACUAUAUCAUUACCAUCACACUGUAACAUAAGAUCAAGUUUACAGGAUUCAUCUUCUCUAGACAAAAGUUGUUAUGAAAGAAGAUCACUACUGAUGGCAACUGGCAUGCUAGCUGUAAGUUCUAUCCCUCCAAGUUCUGCUCUGAGUAAAGAAACCUCAGAAGAUUAUACAGCAUUCGUUGACAAAGAAGACGGCUAUUCUUAUGUUUACCCGUCAGACUGGAGGGAAUUUGACUUCAGGGCGCAUGAUUCAGCGUUCAAGGACCGAUACUUACAGCUUCAGAAUGUGAGGGUGAGCUUCAUACCUACUGACAAGAACGACGUCCAUGAUUUGGGUCCUAUGCAAGAUGUUGUUCAAAAUUUGGUGACAAAUAUACUUGCAGCUCCAAACCAAUUGACUUUCAUAAAAGAAAUUCAGGAGCGUUCAGUGGAUGGAAAGAACUACUGGACUUUCGAGUACCAGCUCACAUCUCCAAAUUUCUCCGUUACCCAUUUCACAACUAUUGCCAUUGCAAAUGGGAGGUACUACACAUUAACUGUUAGUGCUAACGAGCGAAGAUGGAGAAGAGUACGAAACAAGCUUAAAGUCGUGGCUGACUCCUUUAAGGUGUUUGAAAUCUAGUAGUAUAACUCAUAUAAAACUACUUCUGUAGAGACGUAGAUUCAGAACUCCUCGUACUCUCAUCAAAAACAGAUUAUGGACAUUAAAUCAGUUGUACAUGCAUAACUGGCAGCAAAAGCAGUUACCUAUACAGCUACACUAUGCCAUUUGCUGUACACGUCUGUACCACUGGUAUAUAUAGUACUGGAAAUGAACAUGAAAUUUUGAUUCAAAAAGAAAA